AAGAAAACUCGAUUGGAUUUAAUAUAUUUCCGUGGGGUCGGAAGAAGCUCCCGCCUGCUGGAUCUGGUUUAGACGCCCGACAGACAAGAUACCAUGUGGAUGGUUUAAUAAACUCUGUUCUGCAUCCUGGUGAUUCUGUGGUCCAAGUUCAGAAACUGAUUCAGUCUCCUAUGGUGUGAAUUGGCAGUGGUGGAGUGAUUUAGAAUGUUGGCUUUGAAAGCUCAGGGAAGAAGCAGCAGAGAGAAGAAAGUAACACAGUGUGCCUGAAAAUGACAACAAAGCGGAAUUUGUUUGUGCGGCUGGUGCCAUGCCGCUGUCUGCGUGGAGAGGAGGAAACAGUCACUACGCUUGAUUAUUCUCACUGCAGCCUGGAACAGGUGCCUAAGGAGAUUUUCACUUUUGAAAAGACCUUGGAAGAACUCUAUUUAGAUGCUAAUCAGAUUGAAGAGCUUCCAAAGCAACUUUUUAACUGUCAGUCUCUGCACAAGCUGAGUUUGCCAGACAAUGAUCUAACCACAUUGCCAGCAUCCAUUGCAAAUCUCAUUAAUCUCAGGGAACUGGAUGUCAGCAAGAAUGGCAUACAGGAGUUUCCAGAAAAUAUAAAAAACUGUAAAGUCUUGACAGUUGUUGAGGCCAGCGUAAAUCCAAUUUCAAAGCUUCCAGAUGGAUUUUCGCAACUGCUAAACCUGACGCAGCUGUACCUGAAUGAUGCUUUUCUUGAGUUUUUGCCAGCCAAUUUUGGCAGAUUAACUAAACUCCAGAUAUUGGAACUUAGAGAAAACCAGUUAAAAAUAUUGCCAAAAACCAUGUCCAGACUGACUCAGCUGGAGAGACUGGACUUAGGAAGUAAUGAAUUCACAGAAGUGCCUGAAGUACUUGAACAACUGAGUGGGUUAAAGGAAUUUUGGAUGGAUGGUAAUAGACUAACACUUGUUCCAGGGUUCAUAGGCACUUUGAAACAACUGACCUACUUGGAUGUUUCUAAAAACAACAUUGAAGUAGUUGAAGAAGGUAUUUCAGGUUGUGAAAGCCUGCAAGACCUACUGUUAUCCAGUAAUUCACUUCAGCAACUGCCAGAGUCUAUUGGUUCCCUGAAGAAGGUAACAACACUUAAAAUUGAUGAAAACCAAUUAAUUUAUUUGCCAGACUCCAUAGGAGGGUUAGUAUCAGUAGAAGAACUGGACUGUAGUUUCAAUGAGAUUGAAACAUUGCCUUCAUCUGUUGGGCAGCUCUCUAAUAUAAGGACAUUUGCUGCAGAUCACAACUUUUUAACACAGUUGCCAUCAGAGAUUGGAAACUGGAAGCAUGUAACAGUGUUGUUUCUGCAUUCUAAUAAGCUUGAAUUUCUCCCUGAAGAAAUGGGUGAUAUGCAGAAAUUAAAAGUCAUCAAUCUGAGUGACAAUAGACUGAAGAAUUUGCCAUUUACCUUUACAAAACUGCAACAGCUCACUGCUAUGUGGCUAUCAGACAAUCAGUCUAAACCACUUAUCCCUCUUCAAAAAGAAGCUGACCCUGACACACAGAAAACAGUGCUUACUAAUUACAUGUUCCCCCAGCAACCAAGGACUGAGGAUGUUAUGUUCAUAUCUGAUAAUGAAAGUUUCAAUCCAUCUCUGUGGGAGGAACAGCGGAAACAACGUGCUCAGGUGGCAUUUGAGUGUGAUGAAGACAAAGAUGAGAGAGAGGCACCGCCUCGGGUUAGUAUUGAAUUUAUUUUUGAAUACUUGGUUCUUCCCUCCCUCUUAUCCCCACCCCUGAAUCCCAUCCAUUUCCUUACUUUGGCUGUGGAUUUCGCUCUGCUGAAGAAAUCAAGCGUUCAGUUGUUAGUUAAGAUUUCAGAUGAUUCAAAAGAUGCUGAUUCCUUAUCAGAUGAAGCUACCCACAAUAGCAAUCAAAAUAAUGGCAACUGUUCCUCUCCUUCUCGAAUGUCAGAUUCUGUUUCCUUAAAUACUGAUAGUAGCCAAGAUAUUUCUCUCUGUUCUCCAGACAAAGAAACACAUGCUGCUGUUUUAUCCAAGAUCAGGCGAGAAGACGAAAAUUUGAAUAAUCUUUUGCAAAAUGGAGGUGAAUUGAGCAUUACAGUAGAAGAAAAAAUAAACGUGCAAGAGAAGGUUUCAAAUUUGUCUGAAUAUGAAUUAAGCAUUGAAGAAAGAUUAGGCCUGAUAGGAAAAGGUGUUGAUCUAAGCACUCCUACAGAGGAGUCUCACAAAUUAGACCAAAUAAACAUGAAUAUCAAUAAACUGGUUAGUGAAGAGGCAGUGCCAGUUCCUGUAGAAAGGUUACAAACACAGGAAGUAGUUUCAGUAAAGGGCUUUUUGAAUAACAACAUGAAAGAAGAAAGUGAGCACUUGGAAAAUGGAAAUAAAUAUCCUAUAAAUAAAGUAAAUGGACAUCCUGAGGAAGCAGUACAGGCUCCCAGUAACAACGAACUAACGAGAAGCACUACAGUUGAUGGCACUUCUGCUGAGCUAUCUGUUUCGAGGAGCAUUGAAGAUUUGUCCCCACAGAGAAGUGGUCCUGUGAUGAAAUCUCACAGCAUCACCAGUAUGGACACUGGUGGUCUGAAGAUCUAUGAUAUUGUCGAUGAGAAUGGAUCUCAACAGCCAAAUUCAGUGGUAAAAUCAGCAUCUGAUAUUGCAGAUGGAAAAAACAUAGUCCGAAGUAAAUCCGCUACUCUUCUGUAUGAUCAGCCUUUGCAGGUUUUUCCUGGGUCGUCAUCAUCAUCUGAUUUAGUAUCUUCUGCAAAAACUGUGUUCAAGUUUGACUCAAAUCACAAUCCUGAAGGUGCUAAUGUAGUGAGAGGAUCAGUGAUAAGUGGUGCACAGAUGUUCUGUGCUCCCCAGUAUAACAUUCAGUACAGCAGCAGUGCAACAGCGAAAGACACCUUGUGGCCCCAGAAACAAAACACCCAAGCAGAACAAGGCAGCUUACCUCCUUCACGUCUGCUGAGAUCUGACAGUACAGAAACCCCCAGCUAUGUAAAGCAUUCUGCCAAUAUGAAUUUCUCCAAUCAUAACAAUGUCAGAGCGAGCACUGUGUAUAACACUCAUCAACGGAUGGCUGGGAGACAUAUAGAUUUGUGGGCUAUUCCACCAAAUGAUAGACUGCUUCCAGGAGCAACCAGACACACUCUUCAAAGGCAGAGCAGUGUGUCUUCUACAGCUUCUAUAAAUGUUGGGGAUACUGGACCUUCAAGGCGGACACAAGUUCCUGAAGGGGAUUAUUUAACGUACAGGGAUUUGCAUUCAAUGGGGAGAGCUCCACCAGUAAUGUCUGGGCAACAGAGACCUCUUUCUGCCAGGACGUAUAGCAUUGAUGGCCCAAAUGUACCCCGACCACAGAGUGCUCGGCCGUCGGUGAAUGAAAUACCAGAAAGAACUAUGUCAGUUAGUGACUUCAAUUACUCACGGACUAGCCCUUCAAAGAGAUCAAACCCAAGGGUUAACUCUGAGCACUCUUUAUUAGACCCUCCAGGAAAAAGUAAAGUCCCUCAUGACUGGAGGGAACAGGUGCUGCGACAUAUUGAGGCUAAAAAGCUAGAAAAGGUAAAAAUAAUAAUUUUCAAACUUCUCUACCUUUCCAUUAUCUGGAUAUGGAAUAAGUUAAAUACUCUGUGUUUUGAACUGCUUUUAAUUACCACUGAAAAU